UUGUGAAUCUGUCGCUCUUGAAGCGUCAAGUUUGAUCUCUUUCCCUUUCUUGACCCUCCUCAAAGCGUGUCGUGGUACCGAGAGCAAAGGCUUCCUGGACGCUUCCUCUUGGGUCCCGAAGUAGCGCAGGGACGCUAUGAUAAUCGAGCGGAUAAUUGGUCACUUCAUGAACUUCUGGUUCAAACCCCGCUUCACUUUGAAGGCUACCUCUGGUAGCCUCUGGUAUCGCGAGCGCUCUAAUUUUAUGUCCUGAUGGUAGACAUCGGUGGUCUUUGUGUGGCACUCUCUUGGGCAUUGAAGCUUCCGACCGCGUGGAAUCGCUCAAAAUGAUCUUGAGCCGCAAAGUAGUCGGGUAAUCUGAAAUAGAGGCUGAUGUCGAUUCCGGGUCUU